CUUCAUCUUCAUUCACCAGCACGCACAAUGCCCAACACCGUGGCCUACUUUGACAUUACAAUCGCCGGCGAGCCGGCCGGCCGCAUCGAGUUUGAGCUGUUCGACUCGGUUGCGCCCAAGACCGUCGACAACUUCAAGCACCUGUGUAUCGGCGACAAGACGAACGCGGACGGCGUCAAGCUGGCGUAUGCGGGCUCGGCGUUCCACCGCUGCAUCAAGGGGUUCAUGCUCCAGGGCGGUGACUUCACGCGAGGCAACGGCACCGGCGGCGAGUCGAUCUACGGCGAGAAGUUCGAAGACGAGAACUUUGAGCUCAAGCACGAGAAGCCCAUGCUCCUGUCCAUGGCCAACGCCGGUCCCAACACGAACGGCUCGCAGUUCUUCAUCACGACGGUGCCCACGCCUCACCUGGACGGCAAGCACGUCGUGUUCGGCCGCGUGCGGGCCAACAAGGCGCUCGUGCGGCGCAUCGAGGACAUUGAGACGGAGAACGACAAGCCGCUCGACCCCGUCGUGAUUGCCGCCGCGGGCGUGCUCACGCCCGGGGAGGUCGCCGAGGAGGACGCCAAGCGCGCGCGCGUCGCCGAGGCCGCGGCUAGCGGAUCAGAGGACGUGUGGGAGGACUACCCCGCCGACGACGAGACGGUCGACGCCGAGAAGCCCGAGGAGGCGCUCAAGGUCGCUGCAACGCUCAAGAACCUCGGCACGACCGAGUUCAAGGCCGGCAACUUUGUCCAGGCGCUGGCCAAGUACCAAAAGGCGCUGCGCUACCUCGACGUCCACCCCGCGUUCCCCGCCGACGCCGACGAGAAGCUCGUCGAGGCGUACCGCACCACGCGUAUUCCCCUGCUCACGAACGCCGCGCUCGCUGCGCUCAAGACGACCCCGCCCCAGGCCAAGCUCGCCGCCUCGCUCGCGACCCGCGCGCUGAACGUCGACGGGCUCACCCCCGCCGAGAAGGGCAAGGCGCUCUACCGCCGCGCGCUGGCCAAGACGCAGCUCAAGGACGACGACGGAGCAGAGGCCGACCUCAAGGCCGCCAGCGCCCUCGUGCCCAACGACGCGGGUAUCCUCGCUGCCCUCCGUGGCGUCGAGACGCGUCGCAAGGCACGCAAGGAAGCAGAGAAGAAGGCGUACUCCAAGAUGUUUGGCUAGAGAUCAUCGUCA